CCACCACCAAAACCAAAACCACAGAACAUUGCUCAAUUGACAAUGGACAUCGACGACAUCCUCGCCUCCGUCGACCGCACGGCAGACACAUCCACUCCGGAAUCCACCGCCCUCGACCACCAAUUACUCACGCGCUUCUGGGUCGCCGAGCGCGCCGUCGCCGAGCUCCUCCCAUGGCCGACAUCCUUAAUGGAGCGCAUGAUGGAGCGCGUCAGACGACAGAUCGAAUCCAUCGAAGACCUCGCCGCCUCCUCCACCGACCCAAUAACACACCACCAAACCUCCUCCGCAGCAACAAGCAACCUCACCCUCUCGAUCCUCCAAUCCGACCUUUCCCGAACCCAAUACCUAAUCCGCUCUCUCCUCCGCCAACGGCUCUCGAAACUCACAGCGCAUAGCAUGCACUACCUACUUCUCAUCUCCCGUCCCACACAACAACCUCAAUCGCAACAAUCGCAGACCGAUUCCUCCAGACCCGAGGACUCUAUCCCCGAGCCACCAACGUUCACAGACGACGGUACAGAAGAUGAUAUAUCUCCGUUGUCGAAGGAGGAAGUAACCUUUCUGCAUGCGCAUCAGACGCUACUGGCGGGUCAUUAUGGAGCGUCGUUUUUGAAUUCUUUCCCUCCGCAGUUGAGGAGGUUGGAUGAUAAUGCGGGCGGGACUAGUAUGGUUCAGGGACCGGAUGGGAAGGAGGUUGUGUUUGUGAGGUGUCUUGUUGAGGAGGUUAGGGUUGUGGUGCCUCCUGGGGAUGGGGUUGAGGUGGAGGUUGAGGGGACGGUGUUGAGGAUGGGGGAGGUUUGGGCGGUUAGGUGGGAGGGGGUUAGGGGGGCUUGGGGGAGGGGGGAGGUUGAGGUUUUGUAG